AUGAGACUCGACAUGUUCGAUUCGCUGCCACAGCCGACUGCGCUUCUCUUGUUGUCGAGUCUCGUCCAACUAACAGACGCCCAUGCUUUCCACAAACUACCCAGGCAGACGCCCGAACCUACGAUAACCCUUCCUCACCAUGUUCUCAAUGUCGUCUCAUGGCCGAUACAACCUACCCCGCCACCAGGAGCCGACCUUUUCGCCUAUCGUCGCCGGCAAUUAGACGACAGCUUUAACACUAUUUGCGGCUAUGUCAACGGGGAUUUAGAACUGCCCGCGACAUGCGGGUCAGGAUCUCACUGCGUGGUCGAUACGGAACACAACGUGGUGGGCUGCUGUCCGAACGGCGCGCCGUCAUGCACGGCCGGUGUCUUCACGGGGUGCGUGGACGGGAACAGCGGCGCGCAGACCGAGGUCAACCCCUACGUCUUUAGCUGCACAGGUGCCGCCGUUUGCUACAUGAACGAAUUCGAGGGCGGCUUCUCCCAGUACGGCUGCGGAACCGCAAGCGACAUGGCCGCCACGGUCCAAAACAGCGCCAGCGGAAUCACAGCAAUCCUCAACCGGCCCACCGUUAGCGUUUCGUACACCGAAGGCAUCAGCAUCCUCAGCGAACCCACCACGCUAGGCACCCCGUCCAGCCGGGCUAGCACCGCAUCCGCGCGCUCGUCAGCCUCCCCCGCGUCCGCUUCCGACUCGACGGCCUCCCCCACCGCAACCGAGAACAGCGACGCAGCCGCCCCGCCGGCAACCGACACCGGCCCUCGCACGGGCGCCAUCGUGGGCGGCACCAUCGGCGGCCUAGCCGUGGUCAUCGCGCUGGUAGCGCUAGUCUUUUUCUUCCUGCGGCGGCGCAACGCCAACGUCCGCCAGGGCCCCGGACCGGGCGGCUUCCGCGGCAAAGUCAUCAGCCCGCCACAACCCGGCGGCGGCACGGGCUUCGCAGCCCUCGCAAACGACGACACCGACGCCUUCGAGACCGGGCCCGCGGGGAGCGUGCUCGACCAGCAACAACAACAACACCAACAAUACCAACAACAAUACCACCCGCAACAACCCCAAAUGUCCACUAACCCAGCCGCCACCACCUCCGCCGCCGCAGCAGCCGCCGCCGCCGCAGGCGCAGCCGCCAGCGCGCCCCCGGGAACCGCCAACCGGAGCAUGCUCCCGCCACUAGCCACCGCCCCGCCCAUGCCCUUCCAGAGCGAGGUCUCGCCCGUCGAGCACCACGACCUCGACACCCCGCUCGCCUACAGCCACUCGGCCAUCAGCGGUGUCGCCGGCGGCGCCGGCCUUUCCUCGGCAGGCGCCGCCUCCGCCGCGUCUUCGUCCUACCCGCCCUCCUCAUCCGGCGGUCUGAGCGGGGGGGAUGGGCAGCAGAAUCUGGCGAACAAUGUACCGGCAGCAAAUGGAGCGGGGAUGGGGGGGAUGGGCCAGCAGCAGCAGCAGGGGUAUGGCUACGGCCCGGCGGCGUACGCGGGCGGGUCCGGGCUGAUGAUGGGCAUGAGCCCGCUGUUGCUGAAUCGCGGCGCCGAGCGCCACUUGGAGAGUGAUCAGGUGCCGCUGACGGGGGCGGCGGCGGGGGGGCAGGGUGGUGGUGGUGGUGGUGGUGGUGUGGGUGGGGUGCGGGAGAUGGAUGACUUCUCGCAGGGGUUCCAUGCGGCGUUGGGGAGGAUCGGGGAGGAGGAUGAGGAGGAUGAGGAGGGGCGGCGGUUGAGUCGGUUGCAGCAGCAGCAGCAGCAGCAGCAGUCGCAGUACCAGCAGCAACAGGGGGGGUAUCAGGAUGUUGUUGGUGGUGGUGGGGGUGGUGCUGAUGAGGGGGGGACGGUGGGGAGUGAGGGGUCGGGGCAGGGACGGCCGUUGUGGCAGCAGAAUAGGAGGCAGAGUCGGAAUUUGAUGUGGAUGUGAGGGGUGGGGGGAGGGAGGGAUGGGCUUGCUUAGCGGCGGCGUUCAGCAAAUUGGGCGUGUUGGCGGCGUUGGAAAAACCUGCAUUUUUAUUUGGGAAGCGAGCAUGCAUUUUGGGUUUGAGCUCGUGGGUGGGUGUGCGGUUUGGAUACACAUUGAGGACUACUUGGAGACGUGUAUAUAUUGUUUGUUUGUUUGUGGGGUUGGCAGCGGAUAUUCGUAUCCAUGCACGCAUGAAAUAAUGAGGAUGAUGUUGACCGCAG